AUGGAGUAUUCUGAUCUGUAUAACAAAAUAGAAGACCUGUCCGAUCUUGAAGUUGUGGUGCUUCUUAGCCUUGUUGCCCGCGAGCAUUGCAUCAUUGAUACGGAGGGGGAGGCCCUGGAUGACCUGGAAAACGAGCUUAUAUUGAUUGCCCGGGAUAUCUUCGGGCUUUCGCACGCCACGUUGAAUUGUUCCCCUGAAACAACCCUAGAGGAGUUCAGUAAUGCAAUCCUAACUCCCGAUGUCGAGAGACCGGAUUAUGAUAUACUGUCCUCAUUUACAAGCUGUGAAACCGGAAGAAAUGCCGAACGAUCAACCAUUCGAAGUGGACAACUGUCUGCAGACAAGUCUAGCUCACAAGUGCCAACAGGCAGUGUCGAUGAUCGCAAGAUAGUCAAUGUUGUCAUUGCCAAAAAUUUCGAUCGGGCAUCUGAUGAGAUCCAAAUACAAGCUCUUGACCUCAUUCGAACUAGGCGAAUCUAUACGCGGGCCGCUUUCCAUAGUGCCCCGAACACGUUUCUUUUCAUUCCACUUGUUGAAUCCAAGCUUCAACCACUUUCUUCAUCCUUCAACCGUCACUUGUGUGAUCAUAUUUUCAUGUCAUAUUACCAUGAUCCCCAAAACGGAUUCGCCAAUCUGGAGGACAGCACUGGAUGGUUCCCGGAUGACCAAGGAUCGAUGUCUUCUGUUGUGCGGAAGUCCAGCAUACCACUGUUCGAGAAGCCCGACCAGGCCUAUGUAAUCUGCGAUGAGCAUAUCAAUACAUUGCGUCAACUCAGUAACAACGUUACCAUAUCCGCGGAUGUAAACUGCUACCUUCAAAAUAUUAUCGUUUUCCUCAGGAUGAAUCGCGGUGUGGCAUCUGGAAUAACUUCCAUUUCCUCACGGCAUUUUUACCUACUUGCUCGAUGUCUUGCUCCCUUGCAACGUGUCGAUUAUCUUUUUCCUUCCUUAGUGGCGCUUGCUGCCAGAAGGGUCUAUCGCCACCGCAUCCGCGUCGUCGAACCAGCGGGUGAUCGAAGUAUGAUGUACGGUAGUUCGCUCAAAGCAGUUGGUUUAGUACUGGCGGAUAUGACUCCGGAGACGAUUAUCGAGACAGUUCUGGUGGAAAUUGAAGCACCUUUAUGA